CAGACAAGUAACGUUUGGACGCAAGGCGACCUGCGCAACCUGAACUGGCUACGCAACCUGAACUGGCUACGCCCUACACAAGGCAUCCAUCCACUACUCUCAACAUGCCCUCCAAACCCUCUGCAAAGAGAGCUGCGGCGAAAUCUCGUGGCCAUUCUGCCAGCGGUGCUUCAGCAGGAUCGUCCGAGAUCUUAAAGAUCAUGUGCUCAAAAGACGCCUUGUCCAAGGCGUUGAUGGCAUCUCAAAGCCUCCAGUUGAAAGACCCCAAGAUCGUGCAGUUCAUUAACAAACCGUCUCAGCUUCCUUCGUGCCAGGCACGGCUUCUCGCGGCGGUCGUCGUCGGACUCGACACGGUACUCACUCUCCGUUGCCGCUCACUUACUUGACCUGACGACUCUACCCGUAGGAAACCAAGCCAGAAUUCAGAAAGACAUCGACGCCCAACGCCACGUCCUUGCUCCAGGUGGCCGUCCGCGACGUCCACGGCAGGGAGGACGUGUUUCUCUUCGACCUGCUCGCGCUGUCCCCUUCCCAUUACGAUCACAUGCUGGCCGACCUGUUUCAGAAUCCAGCAAUCCUCAAGCUCGGCCAAGGUCUCCUCAACGAUCUGAAGGAGCUCACUGGAGCAUACCCGUCGGCAUCUUGCUUUACCAAAAUGCAAGGAGUGGUAGAAGUGAACGCGCUUUUCCGGGAGCUGGAAGGCCCCACGCAGCCCAUGAUGAGUCUGCAGAAGCUUGUGUACUACUCGCUCAAGCGCAAACUGGUCAAAACGCACCAAAAAUCCAACUGGAAUCGUCGGCCGCUGGCCCCAGGCCAAGUCACAUAUGCGGCGUUGGAUGCGCUUGUCCUGAUGUGGAUCUUCGAUGAUAUGUGCGCGCGCAUCUGCCAGCUCCGUCCGGCCUUCACGGCGGCGGGCAUCGCCACGGACCUGGACGUGCUUGUUCCCGAACGCUACGUCUGCCCUACUUGUAGAUCCGUCUUCAAGUCGGACCACGCGUUCUACAACCACAGUAGCAAAUGCCGCGAUCUGGGCCAAAAAGAAGACCGACCAUGCAAAUGCCACACGUGUCCGCGAAGGUUUGUGUCGGAAAGUGCCUUGGCGCAACAUGCCGCGCAUUGCGCGACCAAAGCGAAUGUGUCGGCGGUCGUGGUCGAAGAUGUGGCUCCGUGUUACUGUGGACGGACCUCCGGGGGAGCGCAAGUGCAUCGUAUGUGCGAAGCGUACAGGAUGUUCGCGUUGGCAGACCACGACAACGUCCAUGUGUGGUCAUGCGUGGACUGCGAGAAAGCGUUCGAUGCCCCGGAGUUGCUCCUCUACCAUCAUGGCCUGUGUCGCCGCGAGAUGGAAAGCAACCAUGCCAAACACGUGCGCUUUGACAAAUCAGACAGCGACGAUGGGCCCUCGAUCAAGCGGCCAAAGUAUCGUCGAACGGCCAGCGAUGACUUCACAGAUUCAGCCGAAGAAGAAGAACUGUGGAGUCAAGUCGGAAAGUGUGGCUAUGAUAUCGAUAACGAAGGGACAUAAUUCAAUAGACACG